AUUCUCACUUCUCAUCCACAGUUUAGUUAAGCGUGGCUCAGUCUCUCUCCUUUCCUCCUCAGUGUCUCUCCUCUCCUCUCCAUGCAGCAGUUCAUCAGUGUCUGGGUUCGGGAUCCGCGGAUUCAGAAGAAUGACUUCUGGCAUGCCCACAUGGACUAUGAAAUCUGCAUACAUACCAACAGUCUCUGCUUCACUAAGAAGAUCUCCUGUGUGAGGAGAAGGUACAGUGAGUUCGUAUGGCUCCGGCAGAAACUACAGGCAAACUCACUACUCAUGAUCCAGCUACCUGAACUACCGCCUAAGAACCCUUUCUUCAGCCUGAACAACGCCCAGCAGAUCACAGAGAGGAUGAAGGGCCUCCAGAAGUUCCUUGAACUGACCCUGGAGAGUAAUAUGCUUCUGUCAGACAGCUGUCUGCACCUCUUCCUGCAGUCAGACCUGGGGGUGUCCAAGAUAGAGGCCUGCGCCUCAGGGAGAAGCCAUUACUCUGUGUCCCAGGCCGUGCUGCGCUGCGGCUGCAAACUGCGACGCUUCCACUCCCAGGAGGACCUGUUAGAGACCAGCCGCAAGGAGUCCUGUGACUCCGACUCUGUUAGAGACCCUAGCUCUGUCUCUGCUUGAUAGGACCAGACCUAACCACAACCAGGAAGAGACCCUAGCUCUGUGCCUGAUAGGACCAGACCUAACCACAACCAGGAAGAGACCCUAGCUCUGUCUCUGCCUGAUAGGACCAGACCUAACCAUUACCAGGAAGAGACCCUAGCUCUGUCUCUGCCUGACAGGUCAAGACCUAACCACAACCAGGAAGAGACCCAAGCUCUGUCUCUGCCUGAUAGGACCAGACCUAACCACAACCAGGAAGAGACCCUAGCUCUGUCUCUGCCUGAUAAGACCAGACCUAACCACAACCAGGAAGAAGACACUCUCAGCAUGUCUGUCUCUUCAUAGGAACAUCACCGCCAAUCAGGACAUGCUAACUCACAAUAUCUGUAUCCCAAAUGUCACCCCGUAGGGCUCUGGUCAAAGGUAGUGCACUAUGUAGGUCAUAGGGUACCAUUUGGGAUUCAGCCAAUACUGUGUUUGCUCUCAUUCAUCUUGAAAUAAGGCUUGCACACAGCUUUUUGUAAUCCAUUUCUCAAAACUACUGUCACCAUAACUACCUUGUCUUUCUGCCAUCAGAACAGUUUUUUUACUUCAUUUUUCCAGAGAAGAUGGUGAGGGAAUAUAUGUGUUUAUGUCUGUCUAGUUUUGUUAAAUAAUAUUUGUGAAGUCCAAAAAUCUGAAAGAUGUAAAUAUUUGUCCUGGGAUUAUAUAGGAUACCUUCAUGCAUGCACUGUAAAUAAAGUCAUUUAUAAUG